AAAAUUUUGAUUAAAUAACAAAAUUGAAAACUAUCAAAAAUAAAACGAGCAAAUUAUGCUAAUUACUCAAAUUACAAAGUAUUUCUAAUAGACAAAAUGUUUGGCCAUUCAACAAGCAGUAGUAGAUGAUAACUUGACCUUAGUGAAGCAACUGGUUGACAAGGAAAAAUUUGCAUUCUCGAGAGAUCACUUCGGAAGAACUCCUUUACAUAAUGCCGUCGCAAUGAGUCGCACACUCAUUUGCGAAUACUUAUUAUUAAUCUUUCCUCAUUGCGUUAAUAGCACUGACAAGCAAGGACAAACACCUCUACACUAUGCUCAUCAGCUUAAGAACACUUACGAACGUGUAAAAUUCACAACGAUGCUAAUUAGUGCUGGAGCGAAUGAAGAUAUCACUGAUAUGAUCGAAAAUUUGCCAGGGCAUAAUAUCAGCAACUCUGCUCGCUUAUCCUCCUGCUUAUCACAAACUUCGGAAAAUGAAAUGAAAAUGAGGGAGGAUAAUUUGGAAUAUCUAAUGAUGAAUUUGGAUUUUGAUGCGAGAAAAUUUCCUGAAAUGGAAAGUAUACAAUGCAGUGGUAGAAUGAAAGAAUUACGAAUUAUUAUUGCUAAAAAUUUGCAUAAUGAACGCUUUAUUCAAUAUAUAAAACGAUUCCGUCAACAACAAAAUCGCUUAGGUGCAGCAAUGAUAGCAAUUGAAAAGAAUGAGCUAAAGAAGCUGCGUAAUUUGGUAGAUGACUAUUUAAUCGAAGCCAAAAAUUCAGAAGUUUUGUUUUAUAAACUGAUUUUAAUUUUAUUUGUGUCUCGAAGAGACGUUUUCUCUCGAAAAGCUUAUAAGCAAGAAUCAUAA